AUGGCGACACCACCGGACUCACCUGUUGAAGAGCACGCGUACGAGCUAGAACCUAACAGGACCCCAAAGCCAAUUCCAGUAGCUUUGGAAGAACUGUGCAGACAGACGAAAUUCUCUAAGCAAGAGAUCAGAGUCAUGUAUAGAGGAUUUAAAACGGAAUGUCCUGAGGGUGUAGUUCAUGAAGACUCCUUCAAAGAUAUAUAUGCUAAAUUCUUCCCGCACGGAAAUUCAGCAUUGUACGCGCAUUAUGUGUUCAAAGCCUUCGACGUCAAUUGCAGUGGCGCCAUCAGUUUUAGGGAAUUACUUGUCACUUUAUCGACUCUCCUCCGCGGAUCAGUGUAUGAACGACUUCGUUGGGCGUUCCGUUUGUACGACGUGGAUGGUGACGGCGCCAUCACCAGGCAGGAGCUAGCUGAGGUGGUGGUGGCGGUCCAUGAGCUGCUUGGCAGGCGAGCUCCUCCAGGGUCUCCUGCAGCAAGAAUUGAUGAUGCUAAGGCCAAUGAACAAGUGGACCGUGUGUUCAGGAAGCUUGAUUUGAAUCAAGAUGGCAGUGACACGGCGCAGGCGCGCGACUCGAGGGUCGUAAUAAAGCGAAGAUACCACACGAUAUGUCAGUGCGACGCCCGUGACACGUGGUGGCGCGCGUGCUGGCGCUACCUCGCCACACUGGAACAUGUUUACAACACGCUCAAGCCGAAGAUACGUAGCGUGUUGCUGUUCAACUUC